UGUACUUUAGAGUUAGCGGGGUUUUUUUCCCCCAAUUCCUUGGAUUCGCCAAACAAAACAAUCACACACACAGAGGGAGGGUUUCUUCUUCAAUGGUGGGAGUGAGACGCGGUGGUGACGUAGUUCAUGUGGUUGUCGCCGGAGACAGUGGAACCGGUAAAACCAGCCUCGUUCACGGCGCGCCUCGAUUUCUACAUUGUGAUGGUGUCCCGAUCAAAAUCAUUGACACUUCUUCACGUACCGAGGACACUGAUAAAGUUGCUGAAGAAUUACAGCGGGCUGACUCAGUUGUCCUUACUUAUGCAUGUGAUCGCUCCGAGACACUUGAAAAUCUAACCACGUUUUGGCUCCCUCGUCUUCGAAAAUUAGAGGUCAAAGCUCCGGUUAUAGUGGCUGGUUGUAAGCUUGAUCUGCUAGAUGAAAAUCAGCAGGUGAGCCUAGAACAGGUGAUGUCACCACUAAUGCAGCAGUUUUGCGAAAUUCAAGCAUGUGUUGAGUGUUCAUCGUAUAAGACAUUCGAGGUCCGGGAAGUUUUCUUCUUUGCACAAAAGGCUGCUCUCUAUCCCAUGGCUCCUUUACAUGAUCAGGAGUCACAAACUCUAACGCCUCGUUGUGUGCGGGCUUUGAAGCGGAUUUUUACCCUUUGUGAUCAUGACAAAGAUGGGGCUCUUAGUAAUGCUGAACUAAAUGCUUUUCAGGUUAGAUGUUUCAAUGCUCCUCUGAAGCCACAUGAAAUUUUGGAUGUAAAGGAGGUUGUGAAAAAGAAUUUGUCAGAAGGCGUGAAUGAACGAGGACUUACUUCAACAGGAUUUCUAUUUCUUCAUGCCCUUUUCAUAGAAAAAGGGCCUCUUGAGGCAACAUGGACUGUGCUAAAAAAGUUUGGAUAUAAUUAUGAUGUCAAGCUUGCUGCUGAUUUAUUUCCGCCUUUGAAGCUUGCACCUGAUCAGAGUGUUGAAUUGACAAAUGAAGCAGUUGAUUUCUUGGAGACAAUCUUUGAUGAAUUUGAUGGCGAUUCUGAUAAGGUGCUGCAACCCCAUGAACUUGAAGAACUGUUUUCUAGUGCCCCAAAAAGUCCCUGGAUUGAAAAUCCAUACAAGGAUGCUGUAGAAAGGAAUGCAUCUGGAGGAUUGUCACUUGAUGCAUUUUUGUCAGAGUGGGCACUCAUGACACUUCUAAACCCGACCUUUAGUGUGGAGAAUCUGAUGUACAUUGGUUAUCCUGGUGAUCCAUCAUCUGCUAUCCGUGUGACUAGGAGGCGACACAUGGAUCGCAGAAAACAACAUUCAGAAAGAAAUGUAUUGCAGUGCUUCAUUUUUGGGCCUAUGAAAGCUGGAAAAUCUGCAUUAUUGAAUUGUUGCAUUGGAAGGCCAUAUUCUGAAGCUUACAAUCCAGCUACAAAUGAAGAUCGUUUUGCUGCCAAUGUUGUUGAUAUUUCUACGGAAAACAAAAAAUAUAUUGUGCUGAGAGAGAUUUCUGAAGGUGGAGUUACAAAGCUGCUAGCAAACAAGGAGUCUCUGGGCUCAUGUGACAUUGCAGUUUUUGUUCAUGACAGGUCUGAUUCUUCAUGGAAGACAUCAUCUGAACUCUUGUCAAAAAUUGCUGGUCAUGGAGAAGACACCGGCUUUCAGGUGCCCUGUCUUACAGUUGCAGUUAAUGAUGAUCAGGAUUCAUUUACAAUGGCUAUACAAGAGACAACUAUGGUUAGUCAGUACAUUGGAGUAGAGGCUCCCAUGCCGAUCAGUGUGAAGUUGGGGGAUUCCAAUAAUAUAUUUCACCAAAUUGUAACGGCUGCAGAGCACCCUCAUUUAAACAUUCCAAAAACUGAAGGUAGAAAAACAUGCAAGCAGUACCACAGACUCAUAGAUCGAUCUCUUAUGUUUGUUUCAGUUGGAGUCGCCGUGGCGUUUGGGCUGUCUGUGCAAGGAAGAAUGCGUCAGGUUAAAAGACAGGCUCUGUGAAUGGGUCACGAUCAUUCCAUACCUUGAUCAGGAUGCAGCCUAGCCUGCUCUUGGCUAAGCUACAUUGCCUUUAACAUUAAAGGUGUUAAGAAUUAUAUUAGUGUUGGAUGUCCAUGAGUUAUGUUGAGAAAUAUUAGAAGACACUUAUGUGAAUGGCUAAGCUACAAGAUUCGUGUAUAUAAAUAGGACUCGUGUUAAACAGCUACAAGAUUCGUGUAUAUAAAUAGGACUCGUGUUAAACAGUUACAGAUUCGAAUUAUAUAUCUUAGGGGCAUCAUCAAUAUUAAGGAAAAUGCUUAAUAUUACAUACAUAAUUUCAUAAAAAACGCACGUAAAUGGCUGUUAAUCGUA